AAAAAGAAAAUGAAAAUCCAAAAUUUGUGUCCAAGAUAGCUUCAUUGACUCUCACUUCAUCCAUGUGUUGUGAAGUGUGUAGAAGAACAAGAACAAGAGAAUAGAUUAGGAACUAUAAAUAGAUAGAUAGAUAGAUAAUAAAAAAACUAAAAAUUGAAAAUGUCGAAGAAAACUUCGUUUCAGCAGGAUGUGCCAUGGAGAGCUUCACCUUCAGGGAAGCCAAUUCCCAAAAUUCACCAAUCUCCAAUUCUUCGUGUUUCUCAGACACCCUUUUCUGAAUAUGCAAUUUUCACCAUGAGGCAUCCAGACCCUAUAGGGAAUGGUUUAGGUGAUGAAGCUAUAGUGGAAGCAGCUGGUCCUGAAUGUAUCAUACCUGGUCAGAUGACUCCAAUCAAAUUACUUGGUCUCAAGGUCUGGCCUAUAGACAUUGACCUGAAAUUUUUGGAACCAGUUGGGCGAGAACUUAAGGUGCUUGGAAAGUUCAUGGACGACGCUGUGGAACUUAUGAACAAAUCAUUCAUAGAUCGUUGAUAUGAUGAGCUUUUGAAAGACGAAGAUUCGGCUCAUUUUGUAUCCAGUCUUGCAUGCAUUUUUUCAAGAGAGCAGUCUAAGACAGUUUUUUUUCUGUACGCGUUCCCCAACCCCAUCUUUCUUCUGUACCUUGUUUUUUAAUCUCUUAUUUAACCUUUUCAUUUAAGUCUAUAAAUUUUUAAA